GAUGAGGGACCUGCUCAUUUUCAUGCUGGUGUGUUGUGCUACCUUCAUAUUUGUCACACUGGGAUCAUAUCAAUUUGAACUCUGGCGCUUACAACAGCAGCGAGAUUCCCUCAUUUCAGAGAGGGAACUGCAACAAUGCAAAAGGCUGAUGGAAAAGUACGCCUCAGUGACUGCUUUGAAAAAGGCCCAACCCACAGACUUUUUGGAGGAGGUGAGGGACCUAAUGAGCUGUCCCUGGACAGUCAACAGAACUCAGAUGGAGAUCUCCAGGACUGAACUAUACUACUGUUGCAAUGCCACUGAGGGCCUAAUUCUGACUAGAAAAAACACUCCCCUGGGGCAAAAAAUCACUUACGAUGGAGAGAGGAAAAGGACCAGAGUGGUGGAUAAGAUUCUGUUCAACAUGCUACCAGAGAGAACCCCCUGGAGGAGCGGAGGUCACCUCGGGCGCUGUGCGGUCGUCGGGAAUGGCGGAAUCCUGAAGAACAGCAGCUGUGGCUCCAAGAUUAACUCUGCUGACUUUGUCAUAAGGUUGAACUUGGCUCCCAUCAACUUCAGCGCGGAUGUAGGAGUGAAGACCAGCUUGGUGACUGCGAAUCCCACCCAGAUUAGACGCGGCUACCCGAACCUGAAUAAGUCUCCCAAGCCCUUGGCUGAGCGGGUGUCCGUGUAUGGAAAUGCCCCCCUCCUCCUGCCUGCCUUCGCCUACGCCUUCUGCACAGGGCUCUCCUUCCAGGUCCACCAAGCCUUGCGCCCACUCCGCCCCCAGCAGAAGGUGGUCUUCUUCAACCCCGACUACCUACUGCAGCUGGACCGCUACUGGCGGAGAAAGGGCCAGCGCGCCAUGCGGCUCUCCACCGGGCUGAUGCUGGCGAGCAUGGCCCUGGAGCUGUGCGAUGACGUGGACCUGUACGGCUUCUGGCCCUUCAGAUUCGACCUCAAUAAGCAGGCUGUGCCGCACCACUACUAUGACAAUGUCGGGCCGAAGCCCGGCGCGCACGCCAUGCCCCAGGAGUUCUUGCAGCUGCUGAAGAUGCACAGCCGGGGGGCGCUAAAGCUGCACAUCGGGAAAUGCCAGUGACUCCCCCACAGAUUAUCCUCAUGGGCAAUCGCGAUGCUGGGGUUAAGAGGACCCUUGAAUCCUGGCUAGGAUAUUGCAUACCGAGGCAUUGAAGUACAUUACUUCUUUUGCCGCGAUAUUUAUAAUUAUAUUUAAUACGUUUACCUUAUAACUAUACUUUGGUCAAUAUGGAAAAGAGUGGGUGUAAUUGGUUUUGUUUAGCACCCUGGGUGAAGGUAACUAAAGAAUAACGUUGGGUGUUAUCACUGUUACUCAUGUAUUAUAGUAGCGUCCCAAUACUUCAGAGUUGAGUCCUCGUGUCUCUUGCAUGCAAUUGUUGUCCGAAAAUAAUUUAUUCUCAUUGUGGUUUGUAAUUGUACUCUGGCUUCUUAUAUGUGGUAUAUAUGUUUUUGAAUGUCUGCCUGUUCUCAAUAAGUAAACAUGAAUGGGAGGUGACAUGUGUGGAAGGAACAUUGGAGAUCCUUGAAAAACUCUUCUGUCAGUCGAGACAGUUGUGGAAAUGUCUUAUUUCCUUCAUAUGUCUCCUGUGGAAGUGGAACCAUCCUUAAAGAGGCGACCAGUUACCAGUUUCCGGGUGCGAGGAUAAAAGAGUCGAGGAAAAGACACAAUGUAGCCCUUUUGGGGCACGACCUAUGACUCCCUGUUCUGGCUCCGUUUUCGAGACACCGCCCCCAGUAUUUAUUGAGAAGUGUGAUCGGAUGAGAAUGCUUGUUCCAUGUAAUAAUAAUAAUAACAAUAACAAUACCAACA